GGAGGGAGGACUACAACUCCCAGGAUGUCUGGUGUGUUGUGUCUCAGAACUUUGUCAGUCUGGGUUCGGAAGUCCCACAGUAUCUUUGCUGCUCAUUCUCCAAGACUUUGGCAGGUUUGUGAUCCCACCAGUUCUUUGCUGCUGGCAGGUGGGACUUGAGGCAUAAGUUCCAAUGAAUCCUUUGGGCCACAGAGUUGUGCCUCUGUUUGUAGUCUGUCUGUGCGAUUUUCUUACAGCAGCUGAGGAUAUGAUCCAUGGUUUCGUCGGUUUCCUUGCACAGUCUGCAUUUUGGGUCAUCAGCUGAUUUUUCGAUCUUGGCCUGAAUGGCCUUUGUCCUGAUGUCUUGCUCCUGGGCUGCAAGGAUCAGGCCUUCUGUCUCCUUCUUCAAGGUCCCAUUCGUGAGCCAGAGCCAGGUCUUCUAUUAUUAUUAUUAUUAUUAUUAUUAUUAUUAUUAAUGGCCUUUGUCCUGAUGUCUUGCUCCUGGGCUGCAAGGAUCAGGCCUUCCGUCUCCUUCUUCAGGGUCCCAUUCGUGAGCCAGAGCCAGGUCUUCUAUUAUUAUUAUUAUUAUUAUUAUUAUUAUUAUUAUUAAUGGCCUUUGUCCUGAUGUCUUGCUCCUGGGCUGCAAGGAUCAGGCCUUCCGUCUCCUUCUUCAGGGUCCCAUUCGUGAGCCAGAGCCAGGUCUUCUAUUAUUAUUAUUAUUAUUAUUAUUAUUAUUAUUAUUAUUAUUAUUAAUGGCCUUUGUCCUGAUGUCUUGCUCCUGGGCUGCAAGGAUCAGGCCUUCCGUCUCCUUCUUCAGGGUCCCAUUCGUGAGCCAGAGCCAGGUCUUCUAUUAUUAUUAUUAUUAUUAUUAUUAUUAUUAUUAUUAUUAAUGGCCUUUGUCCUGAUGUCUUGCUCCUGGGCUGCAAGGAUCAGGCCUUCCGUCUCCUUCUUCAGGGUCCCAUUCGUGAGCCAGAGCCAGGUCUUCUAUUAUUAUUAUUAUUAUUAUUAUUAUUAUUAUUAUUAUUAUUAAUGGCCUUUGUCCUGAUGUCUUGCUCCUGGGCUGCAAGGAUCAGGCCUUCCGUCUCCUUCUUCAGGGUCCCAUUCGUGAGCCAGAGCCAGGUCUUCUCCUUAUCAGCUUUUCCUUCAAUUUUGUCAAGGAACUUUCCAUGCCAUGUUUUGUUGUGCCAGCUGUCAGCUCUAGUUUGUAGUGCGGUUUUCUUGUACUGGUUUUUUGUCUGCUGUGCUUUGAGGAGUUUCUGAUUUUUGACUUCAAUCAAAGCAGGUUCUUCGCUUUGCUUUACAUCUUCUGACAGGGCAUGUUCUUCUUCUUUGACGGCUUGUUUGACUUGUAAGAGUCCUCUGCCCCCUGAUCUUCUAGGCAGAUACAGCAGUCAACAUCACUGCGAGGGUGCAGAGAAUGAUGAAUGGUCAUGAGUUUUCUUGUUUUUCUGUCCAAAUUGUCCAGUUCCAACUGUGUCCAGUUUAUAAUGCCAGCAGUAUAUCUUAUGACAGGUAUGACCCAGGUGUUUAUGGCCUUGAUGGUGUUGCCUCCAUUGAGCUUGCUUUUGAGAAUUUUUCUGACCCUUUGUGUAUUCUUUGCUGAGCACAGUUUUCACAUGUUCAUGCUUGAUGUUGUCCAGCUGUAGUAUGCCCAGAUAUUUAUAGGCCUCUGGCUGGUGACACUUUAUUGUUUGGCCAUUAGGCAUAUUCAUGCCCUCACUUUCAAUGAUUUUUCCGUUCUUCAAUGCCGUUGUUGUUGUUGUUGUUGUUGUUGUUGUUAUUAAACCAGGCCUGCCUGCACAGCUGGCCAUAUUGGGUCUCUGUGCCAAGUCUGGUCCAGAUCUGACCUCAGCUGGGUUCACCACUUUCUGGCUGCAGGUGAACUGCAACUCCCAAACCCAAGGCCCGUUCCCCUCAAUCCCUGCAGUAUCUUCAGUUGGUCAAGGGGCUCCUCUGUGCCAAGUCUUGUAUAGCAUUAUGUUAUUUAACUGUUGUAAUGUUUUAUUUAUUGUAUUAUGGUGUAUUGGCAUUAAUUGCCAGUUUUGUAAGCUGCCCUGAGUCCAACGCGUGAGAAGCGCAGGGUAGAAAUAAUGUAAAUAAAUAAAAUAAGUCCAGUCCCAGUCCAUUGUCAGAGGGGGUCACAGAGUCAGUGAAGGUACUGCAAGUCCCGUCAUCCGUGGCCAGUGUGGUCCAGAUGUAUUUUUGGUUGGGUUCACAGUACUAUCUGGAUGUCGGUCAAGUACAACUCUUGUCAAGCAUGGAGUGAAUUCUCCCCAAACUUCUCUAGCAUGUUCUGUUGCUGAUCAAGUCCUCUGUGAACUUUGUGCCACAGGAUAGGGUAGAAAAGGGUCAAGGGAGAGGCAGUGGGCAGGGUCAUGCAAAUCAAGGAAGCCUGGGGUGUCCAUUCUGGAGGAGAAACAACAUCUAGGAGGAAAUAGUCCCCGCAUGAAAGCCUUGCUUCCCUUGGGUGGGGGGCAGGAUGGUGUCUGUGGGGGACACGGGCAGGGUUUUCGCUGCAUGUUCGUGGCACUCGCUAUAACCCGUAAAGUCAGGUGAGGAAGUGACGUGGUGGCUCCACUGCAUUGGGAACUAUAGCCUGUUUGUGGAGGCCGGAGGGAGGCUGUCUUUGUGAGCAGACACUUUUGCCACAUACACACAAACAGAUUUUCACUUUUAUUAUCUGUAUAGAUAGAUAGAUAGAUAGAUAGAUAGAUAGAUAGAUAGAUAGAUAGAUAGAUAGAUAGAGGAAGAAGAUAUGCACAAUAUAAAGGUACAACUUGUCUCUAUCCUGAAUAAAUGUCCGUAUACAUAUAGGUUUCAAAUGGGAGACUUCAAUCUCCUCAAAAUAAACACAAUACAGUAGAGUCUCAUUUAUCCAAGCCUUGCUUAUCCAAGCUUCUGGAUUAUCCAAGCCAUUUUUGUAGUCAAUGUUUUCAAUAUAUCAUGAUAUUUUGGUGCUAAAUUCAUAAAUACAGUAAUUACAACAUAACAUUACUGCGUAUUGAACUACUUUUUCUGUCAAAUUGGUUGUAUAACAUGAUGUUUUGGUGCUUAAUUUGUAAAAUCAUAACCUAAUUUGAUGUUUAAUAGGCUUUUCCUUAAUCCCUCCUUAUUAUCCAAGAUAUUCACUUAUCCAAGCUUCUGCUGGCCCGUUUAGCUUGGAUAAGUGAGACUCUACUGUAGUCCAAUAAUACAAUUCUUUAUUGAUUAGUCGCUUUUGACCAUAUCAAAACAUGAAAAACAUACAAUACGUACACACUUACGCAUACAUACAAUAAAACCAUGUAAAGAUACAAAACAUCCCGACCUGCGGCCUAAUAACCCGCUCCUAGACAAAUACAGAGUAAAAAGGUUAAAAUUAGUAAUUUCCUAAGGUAAGGUUUGAACGAGGACAAGUGUCUUGUCCAUAGAAAAUUUUAAGUUUGGAUUUUGUUAAUGGCAAUAAUGUAUCAGGUCUCAACUUCCAUCUUCUCACGAAUGGCCAGCGCUUUUUGCGUAAAAGGGGUCAGUUUUAAAGUAGAGUUUUUAUCUGAACCCUGUAGAAGGAUGUACAAUUCCUCCUUAUUCUCUGAGUGAGUCUGAUUCUCCAGCAGAAGGUCUCAAUAGAGAGAUCGAAUCCUGGUGUAGUAGGGGCAUUUUAAGAAAAAAUGUUCAGAGUCCUCCACUUCUGCAUCUCCCUCACGACACCCACAGGUUCUCUUCAUAUAGGGGAUAUUCUGAUCUCUACCUAGCUUGGAGAAUAGUCCAAUAUAUGAUGAUUUAAAAGUCACUUCUACAUAUCCUGAAGGACCAUCUGUGGCAUCCGAGUUUGUAGUGGUGUCAGAGAUUGUGGUGGUGUCACAUCCGAGUUUGUGGUGGUGUCAUAUCCGGGUUUGUGGUGGUGUUCUGCACGGUGACCAGGGCACAACAAGGUAUCCCAGGUGUAUUCCUUGUUUCGGUGUUUGGAACACCUUCUUCAGGUGAUUGAUUCUUCUCAGUGCCUUUAAAUAUAACUUUGUGUUCCAGUAUGGGAUACGUUUCUGGCACUAUAUUUCCAUGUGUAAAAAAGAACAACAACAUACAUAAAAUAGAUAUGCUACUGUAUGCAUUAAAUCAAUGCAUAACCUUAUACACGAUAAUCACAGUAAUGUUCUCUUGACUUACAUUUCGUUAGGCAAUCACUGGCUUUGCUGCAGGAUAUUCUAUAACAAACAAUUGCUCAUAAUCCUCGUAGUCCUUAAAUACAUGUUGCAAGUAGCAAGUGAAAUCGAGUUUGCCGUUCAGGGCCUGUCUGCCAAGUGUGGUCCAGAUCUGACCUCAGCUGGGUUCACUGCUUUCUGGCUGCAGGUGAACUAUAACUCCCAAAACCAAGGCCCAUUCCCACUGACCCCUGCAGUAUCUUCAGUUGGUCAAGGGGCUUCUUUGUGGCAAGUUUAGUUGAAGUCGGUUGUUGGUGGGGGUCACGGUAUCAGUGAAGGUACCGCAAAUCCCAUCAUCCGUGGCAAGUGUGGUCCAGAUCCAUCAUUAGUUGAGUUGGCAGUGCUGUCUGGGUGAUGGUCAAGUACAACUCCUAUAAAUCAUGGUGUAAAUUCUCCCCAAACAUCUUGUUCCUCUGUUUGUGCCAUAGGAAAGGGUUGAGGGAGAGGCAGUGGGCGGGGUCAUGCAAAGUAAGGAACCCUGGGAUGUCCAUUCUGGAGGAGAAACAGAACAUCUAGGGUGAAACGGUCCCCACACGAAAGCCUUCCUUCCCUUGGGUGGGGGGCAGGAUGGGGUCUGUGGGGGACACGGGCAGGGUCUGGGCUGCGUGUUCAUGGCGCUCCCUGUAACCUGUGGGGGAGGGCCGGGGUGUCUCCUGCUCAGUGGGAACUAGAGCUCUUUCUGGAGGCCGGAGGGGGGCUGUCUGUGUAAGUGGAUACCUCAGCCACAUAUACACUCACACAUUUUCCCCUUUUAGUACCUGUAUAGAUCUCUCUCUCUCUCUCUAUCUCUCUCUUUGGGGGGGAGGGGCUGGGCGUAAUGGAGGGCUCCCAAGACAGGCCUCAGCCAUCCUCCCUGUUGACACCUCUCCUUAAUUCUGGCCAAUCGGCUCUCUGGUCUGUGGAGGUCCUUUGGGGCCCUGGUCCUGCCGUCUUUCUUUCUUUCCUUCCUUCGGGGCUACAGGCCACCCCUCCCCUCCCAAUAUUUAUGUAUUUAUCGUGUCAGAAGCGAACCGAGGGUACAAGUGGUCAUGGAUUUAAAAACACAAAGUAAACAAAACCUUGGCCUUCUACUAAAUGUCCUUUGACCAGAACCUGGCCCCUUGGAGUGAGUGCCUCUGGUGUGGCUGUGAGAAGGCCCUCCCUUGUGCACGUGGUGGGGCUCAGGCCGCAUUGGAGUCCGUGGCUGGUGGUUUGCUCUCCUCCACAUUCGCAUGUUGUGGACUCCACUAUGAGGCCCCAUUUCUGAAGGUUGGCUCUGCGUCUCGUGGUGCCAGAGCACAGUCUGUUCAGCGCCUUCUGAGUCUCUCCGUCUUCUGUGUGCCCAGGGGGAGUCUCCCAUUCGGUAUCAGCCAUGGUUUUACCCUGCCACUUUUGAACUCUUGCUUGCUGAGGUGUUCCUGCGAGUAUCUCUGUAGAUCUUAGGAAGCUAUUUCUUCAUUUAAGGCCUUGGCGUACUGAUAUCUGAACUGGAGAUGGGCCAGAGAUGUCACUGCCCUGGUCCUUUCAUUACUGGCUGCUACUUCCCAGCAGAUGUCAGGUGGUGCAAUACCGGAUGAACAGUAUAUUUUCUCCAGCGAUGUGAGGCGUAGACACCUUGUGAUCAUGCGGCAUGUUUAUUAAGAGCCACAUCCCCUCUUUUAACGUGGUGAGAUGCAUUCCACGCUGGGCAUGCGUACUCAGCCACAGAGGAGCCAAGCGCAAGGGCAGAUGUCUUCACUGUGCCUGGUUGUGAUCCCCAGGGUGUGCCAGUCCUCUUUCGUAGGAUGUUAUUUGUUGCUUGACAGCCAAGCAGUGCUUCUUGUGGGUCAGAGUCCAGGUGACUCCCAGAUAUGUUGUUGUGUGGCAGUGCUCCAGUGGGAUUCCCUCCCGGGUCAUGCUCAGAGCCCGACUUGCAGCAUGCAACCAACCCUUCCCGAUGGGAAUCAGGGGAUCCCAUAAUGGGGAGGAACCCACAAAAGGGCCACCCUGCCCGGCCCCCUCCUUUCUUUCUGCCAGGCAGGCAGGAGAAGCACCACAAAAGCAGCCCCAACAGAUGGCCACCCAGCCACUGCUUAAGAACCUCCAAAGGAGGAGCCUCCCAUCACUGAGCAGCCCUUCUUGAGGUUCAGGUGGAUCUCCUUCCCUGUCCUUGGAACCCACGGCUCCGCUGAGGCCUCGUCUCCAGGGCAGCAGGAAGGAAGCCCCCUCCCUCUUCCUCGGGCCUCCUUCCCCAUGUUUGCAUGUGGCUCCUCUCCAGCCCCCUCCUCUCGGUCUUCUUUUCCGGGGACUCAACAGACCCCGCUUCUCUUUCAGCCAGAGGUUCUCAACCUUCCUGAUGCUGUGACCCCUUAAUACAGUAGUUCCUCAUGUUGUGGUGACCCCAACCAUAACAUUAUUUUCAUUGCCCCUUCAUAAAUGUCAUUUUGCUACUGUUGUGAAUCGUAAUGUAAAUAUCUGAUAUGCAGGAUGUAUUCUCAUUCACUGGACCAAAUAUGGCACAAAUACCCGAAGUGCUCAAAUUUGAAUACUGGUGGGGUUGUGGGUGUGGGAUUGAUUUGUCAUUUGGGAGUCGUAGUCGCUGGGAUUAUAGUUCACCUACAAUCAAAGAGCAUUCUGAACUCCACCAACUAUGGAGUUGGACCAAACUUGACACACAGAACUCCCAUGACCAACAGGAGAUGCUGGAAGGGUUUAGUGGGCCUUGACCUUGUGUUUGGGAGUUGUAGUUCACCUGCAUCCAGAGAACAUUGUCGAUUCCAAAUAAUGAUGGAUCUGGGCACCCUGGAAGUGUCUCCUGAUGUGAGGGAAUGGGCCGCCUGCCUGCAAGGAGGGAUCCAGGGGAGGGUGUCCGGAUGUUGGGAUGUUGGGUGUUGAGUGAGGAAGGUCUCUCUGCGCAUGUCCCCAGGAAUCGGGGGAGGGGCUGGAGCUGACUUAUAAUAUUAUAAUAAUGACAUACAAUAAUAAUAAUGUUAUAAUAUGGUAUUAUAACUGAUAUAAUGUAAUAAUAGUAAUAAUAUAAACUAUUCUCUCCCUUCCUUCCUGCAAAGAGAUCUUUGGUUGUGUCUCUGUUUAUCAUUUUAUUUAAACCCCAGUCUCUCAUUUCCUUUCUCCCUCUUUUUUAGAAACUCUUCCGUCUUAAUUCUUUUAAAACAUUUAUUGCGGAAUUUUCUAACGUUAUUACUGGUGUUAAAGGAGAUAAUAAUAAUCCCUGGCCUCAGUUUUAUUUUGUGUCAUUUCCAAAAUGUUUUUAAUAACUAACUGGGGCUGGUUACAGGGACCAUCCCGUGCCCCUAUGAAAACAGCUCCACUGGCUUCCAACAAGUUUCCGCGCCCAAUUCAAGGUGCAGGUGGUUACCUAGAAAGCCCUAUACACUUGGGGUCCAACCUCUCUUCAGGACCACAUCUCCUUUUAUGAACGGUCGUGAACUUUAAGAUCUGCCAGGGAGGCCCUCCUCUCGGUCCCGCCACUGUCUCAAGUAGUGUUGGUGGGGACGAGAGCGAGAGAGAGACUGCGAUGGGGGGGGCUUCCUUCUCGGUGGUGGCCCCGUGGCUUUGGAAUGCCCUCCUGAAGGAGAUCAGGUUCCCCCUUCUCUUCAAGCUUUCUGGGCACAACUGAAAACACGGUUUUUUGAACAAGCCUUUGGACCAGGAUGAGCACCUUCCUCACUCAACCCGAGGCCUUAGGGAUGGAUUCUGUUAGUACUUUAUGGACUGAGACAGUUCACAGCCUGUUGUACCCACAGCUUUGCUGCAGUGUUGAAUUUUAAUCGGUUGGGUUGUAUGUUAUUCAAUGGAAUUAUUGUUUUGUGUAAUUAUUGAUUGUUAUUGCUUUAUUUGUUAUAUAUUUUGCUGCAUCUUGUGUGUUCUGCACAAUUGUGUGCUUUUGUGAGCCACUCCGAGUCCCUUUGGGGAGAUGGUGGUGUUAUGAAUAACUUCUCAAUAAUUUUAAAGCAUAGGUUCUUUUUAUUGCAAUUUCAGUGUGAGAGGUAUCAGAACAUUUACACAAACAACAAAGAGUGACAUUAGACAUACAGAUUUUAUGUAACCACAUUGGCUUGAUAAACAACCUACAACAGACAAAGCGGGGGGGGGGGGGUUACAUUUUCACUCAGCAUUCACACACAUCUCCAUGUAUUCAUCCUCGUGCAUCCAUCCAGAUAUUACCAUAUCCUUUCUCCCUCCUUGGAGAAGCACCUGCUUAGGCCAGGCCCUGCUUCCUCUGCAGCAUAGUUCCAAAACGUCAAAAUGCAUCCUUUUUUCCUACGAACAAUGCCAAGGAUAAGAUAGAACGGACUCCCUGCAACCCGUAUCAUGACUCCGAAAUGCACUCCUUCCUCUUCCCUUGAGAAAAGGAGGCCCAGUGACAAGACCGCUUCCAUGCAAAUCUGCCACUUUCCCAUGCAUCAUCUCCACUGAGCAUGGCGGACAAACAGCAUCUCUGUUUGUCACAAUGUCUGGAUCAUCAUAAAUAAUAAUAAUAAUAAUAAUAAUAAUAAUAAUAAUAAUGUUAAUUUUAUUUCUAGACCGCCCUCUCUCCCCAGAGGGACUCAGGGCGGUUAACAUACAUAUAGACGGCAAACAUUCAGUGCCCCAACUACAUCACUAAUAUCAAAAGUAUAAAAUGACAAUAACAUACUCAUUAUAAUAAAAAAUUCCAUAUUAGAAAAAAACAAUACAAUUUAAAUAAGACACUUAGUAAAAACAUAGACACUUAUAUAACAAUAUUUUUCUGAUGUUGUCCCAAAGUUGUAAAUGAAUGAUAGACGUCUUCCAUCCCGGAACAUCCUGGCUCCAUCUCCGUUUCCUGGACCAGAUGUUGAUUCUUCUUGAUUAGUGUUGGCCUUGUGUUGACUUCCUUCUCAACAGUUGUAAACAUUUCCUUAACUUAAAAAACCAUUGUCUCUGCCCCAAAGUUCAUCAAAUCAGCAAAUAUUGACAGAUGUAAACAGAUGUAAACAUUUCUCUUCUCACUGUCGCAGUUCUUAACCGAGUUUACUAGACAGGUCAACUAUUUCAGUUAUCAUUAGCUGGUUUUAAUUACUAUUCAGCAAGCAGGUAGUUAGUCAUUGUAGGCCUUAAUAUUUUAGAAUGGUGUCUCCAAAAUUAUUAGCUCUCAUUCAUUCAUCUCUUCCAUUGAUACCAUAUAUUCAUAUUUCAUUUUAUCUUAUUACAGUGGCGGGGUACAAAUAAAUAAUAACAGUAGUAAAACUUUAUUUAUAUACCACCCUAUCUCCAACAAUGAAACCAGACAACAACAAAACAUAAUACGAUAAUGAGCAUAAGUGUGCUAAACAUACAAAUCAAUCAAUUAACCACAGGUUUAAGAGCCAAUGACAGAAUACUCCUUCAGCAGGGCAGGAGACAGGGAUCAAGGGUUCCACGUUGGGGUGGCCAACUAGCAGAUGCCAGGCGGGUCAAGGGCAACAGUAUGGCAUGGCAAAUAAAGUUUAGAUAUAAUGUUUAUAUUUAUGUAAGGGGGUUACUCUGUUCAUUAUACCCAUUCUUUUUAGACUUUCCUUUAUUUUCUAUCAAAAUAUACUCUGGUUUCCAUUCUAAUUUCUUAUCCUCUUCUUCUAGCCCAGUGGUUCUCAACCUGGGGUCCCUCCCCAGAUGUUUUUGGCCUUCCAGUCCCAGAAAUCCUAACAGCUGGUAAACUGAACUGGCUGGGAUUUCGGGGAGUUGUAGGCCAAACACACCUGGGGAGGGACCCCAGGUUGAGAACCUCUCUUCUGGCCCAGUUUUCCUUGCUUCGCUAAUCCUUCGACUAUGUACCUUGUUUGGUUGGCAUGAUCAUAUAAUUUAAUAUUUGGGAGACCUAACCCGCCUUCUUUUUGUGGUUUAUACCAUUUAGUUUUACAGUAGAGUCUCACUUAUCCAACAUUCUGGAUUAUCCAACGCAUUUUUGUAGUCAAUGUUUUCAAUACAUCAUGAUAUUUUGGUGCUAAAUUCGUAAAUACAGUAAUUCCUACAUAGCAUUACUGUGUAUUGAACUACUUUUUCUGUCAAUUUUGUUGUAUAACAUGAUGUUUCGGUGCUUAAUUUGUAAAAUCAUAACCUAAUUUGAUGUUUAAUAGACUUUUCCUUAAUGCCUCCUUAUUAUCCAACAUAUUCGCUUAUCCAACAUUCUGCCAGCCUGUUUAUGUUGGAUAAGUGAGACUCUACUGUAUUUAUUCUGACUCUUUAUUUCCAUUACAGUCCAUGUUUAAUAUAAUUUACCAUUUUUAAAAUUUUUGGUCCAAAUUAUUAUAAGGUAACAUCUGUAUCUAUAUCUAUUCUAAAUCUAUCUAAUCUAAAUCUAUCUAAAUCUAAAUCUAAAUCCAUAAUAAAAGCAAAAACCCGUAUGUGUGUGUGUGUGGCCCGGAUGCCUGCUCGCACAGACAGCCUCCAUCCCCCACAAACAGGUUGUACUUCCCAUGGUUAAAAAUCUAGCAAGUCACUCUUUUCCACUGACAUUUUGGUUACAGCGAGCCCCAUGAACAUGCAGCCCAGCCCCUGCCAAUGUCCUCCCCAAACACUACAGCCCACCACCCCAAGGAAUGCUUUAGUUUGGUGACCAUUUCAUCCUAGAUUUUGCUUUUUCUUCCACCACAGGCAGGCAUCCCAGGGUUCUCCAUUGCUGUGGAAUUUGCAUGACCCCUCCUACUGCCCUUCCCUUUCAAAUCUGUCUGCAUAACAAACACAGCAGAACUGAGCAGAAAUAAAUUUACUGGAGGAGUUUGGGGAUUGACUGCACAUGGUGGAAGUUGUAGUUCGUCUUGCAUCAAGUCAGAGCACUGCUGUGACUCCUACUGGGGAAUGUAGAGGAGUUGUAGUUCACCUACAUCUAGAACGCUAUGAACCCAAAUAAUGAUGGGCCUGGACCUAACUUGCCAUGCAUACCUGAUGUGCCCACAUUUGGUGGGUUUUGAGGGGAAUUGGCCCAGGCAUUUGGGAGUAGUAGGUACUGGGAUUUAUAGUUCACCUGCAAUCAAACCCCACCAAUGAUGGACCAGGACCACACCUGACACACAGAGCCAUCAUAACUAAUAGAACAUAUUGGACUAGUUGGGGGGGAAAGGGACUUAUAGUUCACCUGCAUCCAGAGAAAAAGUGACCCCCACUGACAAUGGACCAGGACCACACUUUGCACAGAGAAGCCUCAUGACCAACUGAACAUACUACAAGGGUUUGUGGGAAUGGGCCUUGAUUUGUAGGCAGUUGCAGUUCACCUGUAUCCAAAGACCACAGAACCCAGCCAAAGACCAGAACCCAGCCUUCACCUGCUGAAAAGCCUUUCCCCACAAUAGAGGGCAGGAAAUAGAGGCGGAAAUGGACAGGGGUGGAAAGGGCUGGGCAGGAAGGAGGGUUUCCCGACUGAUCUGUGCCUGUGAAUUUGCAUGCCGUCCUGCGGCUCAACCAAGGGAGUGAACAGCCCAACGGGGACGUAGUCCAGGCGAGACCAGUUCUGUGGACAUCUCAGCAUGCCUAAAUGGGGUGUUGAAUUUGCCAGGCAGGAAGGCAACGUCUUUGGGAAUUUGGGGUUCCUUUGAGAGAUGUAGGAAAUGUGGUGGCAGCAGAGGUCCAAUUUGGGAUGCACAGGAGACGGACCUGGGAUCCCUUGUGGCCUGAAAGGGAACCUGAAAUUCAUGAAAUCAUCAGGAAAGGGAUCAUUGUGCCUCUUAAGAUUUAACUUAUGCUGGUAAUUCACGGAAACCCUUUAUUCAGAGUGAAUGAAGCCCCGUCUAUGGUCUGUCUGUCUGCCUUUUGUUUCUUUAGCCAUGUUUAGGUCAAGCAAAAAAAAUCAAUGUGGCUCUUUAGUAUUGUACGAAGAUCCCUUUUUCUUCCAUCCAUCCCUCUUUCCUUCCAUCAAUCACUCACUUUCAUCCUCCCUCCCUUCUUUUCUUCUCUCCUUCUGAAUCCAUCCCUUAUUGUUCAUAAAUCGGUGAUCACCUUUGUUUGUUUCUGUGUGUCCUUGAGACCCUUCAUAUCUCCAUUUCUUGGUGGUUCCAUUUUCAACAUGAGCCAUGAACGGAAAAGAGGAUAAUCUUGGAAAUAAAGGAAGUUUGCAGCUUCAUGUUUAACCUUUUGCUUCUUUUUUCUUGAUCAGGGAAAUGAAGACCCUAUGAAGUCACCACAGGCAUGAAAAGAAAUUAUCAGUAUCUAGUAUAGAUUUAGGAAUUUGGAAACCAAAGGGCAAUAAUGAAAGAAAUCCUGCGGGAAGAAGAAAUCCUCUCUAGGUGCCAAUCUUGUGAAACUCAAUUUUGAUCAGAAAGAAAAAGGGAACAUUCACGUGUUUAUAUCGCAGUCAAUCAUAACUGUCAACAUGGAGGAGAAACCCUUUACAUGUCUUGAGUGUGGAAAGAGCUUCAGUUGGAGGAGCCAUCUGCUACGGCAUGAAAGGACUCACACUGGGGAGAAACCCUUUGAAUGUCUAGAGUGUGGACAGAGCUUCGCUCGUAGUUCAGGCCUACGUCUACAUCAAAGGACUCACACUGGGGAGAAACCCUUUGAAUGUCUGGAGUGUGGACAGAGCUUCACUCAGAGUUCACGUCUACGUUCACAUCAAAGAACUCACACUGGGGAGAAACCCUAUACAUGCCUGGAGUGUGGACAGACCUUCGCUCGUAGUUCAGGCCUACGUUUACAUCAAAGGACUCACACUGGGGAGAAACCCUUUGAAUGUCUGGAGUGUGGACAGAGCUUCACUCAUAGUUCAGGACUACGUCAACAUCAAAGGACUCACACUGGGGAGAAACCCUUUGAAUGUCUGGAGUGUGGACAGAGCUUCACUCAUAGUUCACGUCUACGUUCACAUCAAAGAACUCACACUGGGGAGAAACCCUAUACAUGCCUGGAGUGUGGACAGACCUUCGCUCGUAGUUCAGGCCUACGUUUACAUCAAAGGACUCACACUGGGGAGAAACCCUUUGAAUGUCUGGAGUGUGGACAGAGCUUCACUCAUAGUUCAGGACUACGUCAACAUCAAAGGACUCACACUGGGGAGAAACCCUUUGAAUGUCUGGAGUGUGGACAGACCUUCGCUCGUAGUUCAGGCCUACGUUUACAUCAAAGGACUCACACUGGGGAGAAACCCUUUGAAUGUCUGGAGUGUGGACAGAGCUUCACUCAGAGUUCAGGACUACGUCAACAUCAAAGGACUCACACUGGGGAGAAACCCUUUGAAUGUCUGGAGUGUGGACAGACCUUCGCUCGUAGUUCAGGCCUACGUUUACAUCAAAGGACUCACACUGGGGAGAAACCCUUUGAAUGUCUGGAGUGUGGACAGAGCUUCACUCAUAGUUCAGGACUACGUCAACAUCAAAGGACUCACACUGGGGAGAAACCCUAUACAUGUCUGGAGUGUGGACAGACCUUCACUCGUAGUUCAGGCCUACGUUCACAUCAAAACUCUCACACUGGGGAGAAACCCUAUACAUGUCUGGAGUGUGGACAGACCUUCACUCACAGUUCAGGCCUACGUUCACAUCAAAACUCUCACACUGGGGAGAAACCCUAUACAUGUAUGGAGUGUGGACAGACCUUCACUCACAGUUCAGGCCUACGUUCGCAUCAAAGAACUCACACUGGGGAGAAACCCUAUAAAUGCCUGGAGUGUGGACAGAGCUUCACUCAUAGUUCAGGACUACGUCAACAUCAAAGGACUCACACUGGGGAGAAACCCUUUGAAUGUCUGGAGUGUGGACAGACCUUCGCUCGUAGUUCAGGCCUACGUUCACAUCAAAGGACUCACACUGGGGAGAAACCCUUUGAAUGUCUGGAGUGUGGACAGACCUUCGCUCGUAGUUCAGGACUACGUCAACAUCAAAGGACUCACACUGGGGAGAAACCCUUUGAAUGUCUGGAGUGUGGACAGACCUUCGCUCGUAGUUCAGGCCUACGUUCACAUCAAAGGACUCACACUGGGGAGAAACCCUUUGAAUGUCUGGAGUGUGGACAGACCUUCGCUCGUAGUUCAGGACUACGUCAACAUCAAAGGACUCACACUGGGGAGAAACCCUAUACAUGCCCAGAGUGAGGAAAGAGUUUCACUCAAAGUUCAGGCCUACGUUCACAUCAAAGGACUCACACUGGGGAGAAACCCUAUAAAUGCCUGGAGUGCAGACAGAGCUUCACUCAUAGUUCACAUCUACGUUCACAUCAGUGGACUCACACUGGAGAGA